AUGUCUGGUAGAAGAAGAGCAUAUCCACAACCUCAGUAUGCAACAGGACCAGCUGAAAUGGCUACACCACCAGCUCCUAAUCAGUUCCAACAACAACAACCCGUACAACAACCAGUGCAACAAUAUGGAGUUGACCAAAUGCAAGGCCAAUUUCAGCAAAUGAAUGUUGGUGGAGUGGGACCAACAGGAGUUCCACCAGCUCCACAAUACUCAUAUCAACAACCUGGGCAGCCUCAACAAUCACCCCAACUCAGUUAUGAUCCAUAUCAACCCCAACCUCAAGCAAAUACUGGUGUGUACGGACAAGGCAUGGGCGGUGUUCCACCAUCAGCAGUGCCUGCUGGCGGAGCUGGAUAUGGCGGAUAUGGUCAACAAAACAACAUCGGUUUAGGUGCUCAAUUGAAUGCUUUGUAUACCACUGACUUAUCAAGGGACCUUCCACCACCAAUUGCCGAAUUGUCCUUCCAACCACCACCAAUAACAUUACCAGAUAAUGCAACUUUGAUUCCAGCAUCUAAGACUGCUAAUGCAACUCCUGAGUAUUUCAGAUCAACUUUGAAUGUGGUACCAACCAAUUCAUCGCUCUUGAAGAAAUCAAAGUUACCAUUGGCUAUUGUUGUUAAUCCUUACAACGCUUUGAAAAUUGAAAACGAAAAUGUACCAGUCACCUGUGAUACUGUCAUUAGCAGAUGUCGUCGUUGUCGUGGUUACAUCAACCCAUUUGUUACUUUGGCUGAGAAUGGCAGACGUUGGAGAUGUAACUUUUGUAAUUUGUUGAACGACAUUCCAAGCGCUUUUGACUAUGACGAAAUCAGUGGCCAAGUCAAAAACAAGUUUGACAGAGUUGAAUUGAACCAUUCAGUUGUCGAAUUUAUUGCUCCAAAAGAGUACAUGGCAAGAGCCCCACAACCAAUUGUUUACACAUUUAUUAUUGAUGUUUCUGUACACGCUAUUCAAAGUGGUUUAACCGGUACCAUAACCAGAACUAUCUUGGAAAGUUUAGAUAGAAUUCCUAACGAAAAUAAAACAGCUAGAGUUUCAUUCAUCGGUGUUGACUCCAACUUACAUUAUAUCCGUUUCAACGAAGGAUUAGAAGGUACCGAGAUUUUGGUUGUUGCUGAUAUAGAUGAGCCAUUCUUGCCAUCUCCAGGUGGGUUGUUGGUCAAUUUGGAUGAGAAUAGAGAAGCGAUUGAAAAAUUAUUGUUAGACUUUCCUUCUUAUUUUGAAAACAAUGCUAACCAAGGUUUUGCUUUGGGACCAGCUUUGAAAGCAGGUCAUAAAAUGAUAAGCAACAUUGGGGGUAAAUUAGUAUGUUUUGCUGCCACUUUACCAAAUAUUGGUGAAGGUAAGUUGAGUGUAAGAGACGAAGCUAGCGUUGCAGGUAAAGCUAAAGAAGCCAAGGCUUUAUUAGCUCCAGCUGAUAGUUUUUACAAGUCUUUUGCCGUCACAUGCAAUUCUUCACAGGUUACAGUUGAUUUGUUUUUGACCUCUUCGGCAUACCAGGAUGUUGCCACUUUGUCAAACUUGGCAAGAUAUACUGCAGGGCAAACCCAUUUCUACCCAGCAUGGACUAGCAACAAAUACGAGGACGUUGCCAAGUUAUCUAAAGAAGUUAGCGAUCAUUUGUCACAAGAUAUUGCCCUUGAAGCUGUGUUAAGAGUCAGAGGUUCCACUGGAUUCAGAAUGUCUUCAUUUUAUGGAAACUUUUUUAACCGUUCUUCUGAUUUGUGUUCAUUCCCAACUUUCCCAAGAGAUCAAUCUUACCUUAUUGAAAUGUCGAUUGAAGAAACAAUUAACAAACCUGUGGUUUACUUCCAAGCCGCCGUUUUGCACUCCACAUGUUUUGGAGAGAGAAGAAUUAGGGUUAUGAACUUGGCUUUGCCAACAUCAUCCAAGUUGGUAGAUAUUUAUGCCUCUGCCGAUCAGUUGGCAAUCGCAAAUUAUUUCACUCACAAGGCUAUCGAAAAAGCAUUGUCCAGUUCAUUGCCAGAAGCUAGAGAAUACUUAAUUGCCAGAGUCGUAGACAUAUUGAACGUUUACAGAAAAGAAUUAGUUGCCGGAAACGUUUCUGGUGCUUCACCAUUGCAAAUUUCGACUAAUUUGAGAAUGUUGCCAUUACUUUUGUUCUGUUUGACCAAGCAUUUGGCUUUCAGAGGCGAGAGAGUGCCUUCAGACCACAGAGCAGCAGCUUUAAACAAUUUGGGAUCAUCUCCAAUUCCUCAAUUAAUCAAAUCCAUCUAUCCAACUGUAUAUUCUUUGCAUAACAUGCCUGAUACCUGUGGAUUACCAGGAGUCAAAGAAGACGAAGAUGAUGAGGAAGGUGCUGGAGCAGAAAUUGAUGUUGUUCUUCCAGACCCAAUUAACGAUUCUAAAGCUUCCUGGGAAAACUACGGUUUAUACUUGAUUGAUAAUGGCAGCGAGUUGUUCUUGUGGGUAUCUGGUAAUGUCGUGCCAGGUUUAGUACAAGACUUGUUUGGUACCGAGAAUUUGUACGAAAUCCCAACUGGUAAAACUGAGUUGCCUGAGUUUUCUCUCGAGGAAUCUGAAUUCAACUACAGAGUCCGUCAAAUUAUUGGCAAAAUCAGAGAACAAAACGAUUCAAUUAUUUGGAAGAAUCUCUAUGUUGUUGUUGGUGCAUCAUCAAAUGAACCAAUUGAAAUUUCACAACAACGUGAUUUGAUGGCUUUGAGAAUGUGGGCUUCAAGCUGCUUGGUGGAAGAUAAAACCGGCAGCGAACCAUCGUAUAGAGAUUUCUUGACUUCUUUGAAAUCCAAAGUUUCUCAAUAA